AUGUCGUCAGAAUCUAGCGGGAAGAAUGAAAAGGGGAUUCAUCCGCAUCUGUCUGGGAAUCAUGCGCCAGUCCAGCGCACCUUCUCUUUGACGCCGUGUGCUUUUCAGGGCAAAAUACCCAAAGAACUUGCCGGAGGGCAGUACAUUCGGAAUGGUGGCAACCCCGUGACCAAUACCGAAUUAGACCGUGAUGCUCAUUGGUUUGACGGCGAUGGCAUGCUCUGCGGGGUUGCCUUUCAACGUCUACCUGGGGAAGACGAUGGUAUUCAACCGGAAUUUGUCAAUCAAUUCAUUUUAACCGAUGUUUAUUUAUCCACCGUCGAAAACAAAUUCCUCAAGAAACCUCUUUUGCCAAGCUUAUCCACUAUUAUAAGCCCGCUUUCUUCAUUGGUGCAGAUUUCUGCAGCGUUUCUCCGCUCCAUAACCCUUAUUUUGAUAUCUCGUCUACCUGGGUCUCAAACAGCUGUUGAGAGAGUCAGCGUUGCUAAUACGGCUUUGGCUUAUCAUGAUGGUCGUGCUUUAGCUACUUGCGAGUCUGGGCCGCCCAUCAGAUUCACAUUACCCGGACUCGAGACAGUCGGAUGGUAUAAUGGGUUGACUGUAGAUGGAGAAGUUGCUGGGCAGCAAAGAACAAGUUUUGGCGGCGGCGGAAUUUCCAGCUUUUUUAAAGAGUGGACUACCGCGCACCCUCAUGUAGACCCAAAGACAAAGGAAAUGAUUCUCAUCCACAUGGGAUUUGCAGCACCAUUUCUUCGCUAUUCGAUCAUACCUGCUGAUGUUCUAAACUCUACUUCAGCGGCCUUGAUCGGAUCUCCCGUCGAUGGAAUUGCGGCGCCCACUCUGAUGCACAGCUUCGGUGUCUCUCCAACUCAUACAGUCAUCAUGGACCUUCCGUUGUCACUAGAUCCUCGUAACUUGCUCAAGAAUAAAACCGUGGCUCAUUUUGACUGGAACAAGAAAUCGCGCUUCGGCAUCUUUCCUCGUCAUAACCCGUCGGCAAUCCGUUGGUGCGAGACUGAAGGCUGCUGCGUCUUCCAUACUGCAAAUACUUGGGACAAUGACGCUGCGGCCAUAAACGAUAGUCCAAAGCCAACCGUCGUCAACCUGCUGUUAUGUCGCCUCACUUCUGCAGCGUUUGUCUUCACUGCGGGAAGUGUUCCGGAGCCGCAAAGGCCAGCGGGGACAGCCGCUGACCUAGAAGGCGAGCAGGACCGUCUCUAUUAUUAUUGCUUUUCUCUUUCAAACUCCUCUUGUGAGGCGAUCAUCACACACCAGUGGGCGCUGUCAGUCAUUCCCUUCGAAUUUCCAAUUUUAAACGAAGAGUAUAACAUGAGCAAUGCUCGAUACAUCUAUGGAACAUCCGUAUUUGGAAGCACAUUCGGUGUUGCUCUUGGGAAAGGCGUCAAAAUAGAUGCCCUUGUGAAAAUGGAUACCCACACUCUCAUCGAGAGUGGCAAGUCUAUGGACAUUACUCCUGUUACCGGAAGCGUUGAUACAAGGUCCAUUUAUGAGAUCAUUGCAUCGACCAACCCGGACGACCCUAUCAAAGUCUUCGCCAUGCCCGAAGGGUGGUAUGCCCAGGAGUGCCGUUUCGUAUCCCGCAGUAAUCCUGCUAGCGAAGAUGAUGGAUGGCUCCUUACCUAUGUAUUUGACGAAUCCCAGCUCGACCAGAAUGGCAGUUGUCCUGAAAGUUCUGCGAGUGAGCUCUGGAUUAUUGACGCCCGCGGCAUGAAAGAGGUUGUCGCUCGCAUUCAUCUUCCGCAGCGCGUGCCUUACGGUUUUCAUGGAUACUGGUACUCUGAAGAAGACAUUUUGAACCAGCGUCCUGCUGAUUCCUUCCGCAAGCGACCGAUAGUAAUUGAUCAAGUCGACGAGAAAGGAGUACCAGCGGAGGAAAAUGGCAGUAUUGCCUGGAAUGCUUGGAUGGCAGUGCGGUGCUCGCUGCUCCGCAUUCUUUCUUGA